AAUUUUGAAAUAUGCAUUUGCCGUCGAAAAAUUCAUUUCAUGACGAAUUUCUCCAAGAUGACUUCUCCGUCGAUGCUUUUUUACAAAACUAUAGUGGAACAUACACUUUGGAAGGAUUAAGAGACGCUUUAAGUUUACAUUUAAAAUCUUUAGAAUCACGUAUGAUUGAUAUUGUUAAUUCUGAAUCAGAUACAAUAUUAAGUUUGUCAAGUAGUUUAAAUGGUCUUGACGAUAAAAUUGAUAAUUUACGUUCAUCGUUAGAGCAACUGAAAGAAGAAGUUAUGUCUGUGCUGCGUAUUAUUGAAUACAAUUUAAAAACUGUAAAAAGCUUAUUGGAUAGUAAGAAAAAUAUUCACAUUGAAAAACGCAAUUAUGUAAAUUUAAUACAAGCAAUGUUGUGCUGUGAACGAGUUAAAAGGAUUUUAGAAUCGGAGUCUUAUUCGAAGCCAUUACAGAGUGAUAUUUUAUUACGGGCUGUUGAUCAAUACCUUUUGCAAGAGACACAUUUAGAACAAUGUGAUCAAAAUCUUUUAACUGAUAUUGAAAAUAAGGACAUUGUUAAUGUUAAACGUUUAGUUUAUAAAAAUUAUACGGAAUCGUUUUUAGAUGCAUUUACGAAAAAAAAUUCAGAGGAAAUUCUUCGUAUUUUACAAAUUGGUGUAUUUUUACGCAAUCAAAAAGAUACGGAACAACUUAUUCGUCAGAAAAUCGUCUCACCAAAAUUAAAUGAUCUGAUUAAUGAAAAAGCAUUCACUCAAAAGGGAUUGGUAAAAUUAUAUGAAAGUAUUUCGAAAUUUGUAUCGGAUGAGUUGGAAUUAAUAUUAAAUUUAACAUCAGAUAGCAAUAAUGGAAUAGAAGGAUAUAAUUUUUUCAUAAACAGCGUGUGGGUUGAUAUUGAAGAAAAACUUCGAAUCAAUUUAAGUUCUAUAUUUGCACCUGGCAAUCCAUCAGUAUUUCAAAACCGUUUUAUACAAACCAUGAACUUUUUUACCACCUUAAAUAAUAAAUGGGCAACAAAUAAUGAAACAAUUUUUCAACAUACCUCGUAUGAAGUUCAUAUGAAACGUUGGAACUUACCAGUAUACUUUCAAAUUUGCUUUAAUGAUAUUGUUUUACCAUAUGAAAGAAUUUUAGUUGAGGAUAAUUUAACAAAAAUGUAUACUGAAAAAAGUACGGAUAAUAAUUUUAAGCUACUAGCAACAUCGAGUGCAUUACGAAGUAUUAAUCGUUGUUUAGAACCAGAUAUUUACAUUCCACAAAUAGUACAUAAGUUUUGGAAAUUAGUUUUACAAAUAAUUUCUAGAUAUAAUACAUGGGUGACUUCUCAACUGACUUUAUAUACCAAUAUUAAGAUUGAAGAUGAUUCAUCAGCUUUUGAAGAAAAGAUGAAGUUCCUAACGUAUCUUCAAUAUGAUAUCAAAUUAUUAUCUAUGAAAAUCAACGAUAUUAAUAAAACGAUUUUUCCAGAACCAAUAUUAAACAUUGUAACACAAAAUUUAGAAUCAUGUAGUGGAAUGUUAUUAAAGAAACUUGCUGAAGUUGAAACAAUAAUCAGUACAUGCUUAAGUGCACAAAGUAUAUUCGCAUUAAAACAAGUUUCAAAUAUUCCACGUUUAUAUCGUAAAACUAAUCGAAGUGUACCUACAGAACCAGCACCAUAUGUUUAUAAAGUACUUGAAACACCUCAAACAUUUGUAAAAAAUUAUCAAAAUUUAUUUCACAAGCCAACAUUUGAAUUAAUUUUGACAAAUAUUUAUGAAAAAAUUACAAAUGAAUAUGUAAAUGUAGUGGAUGAAAUCUUAACGCAAGUGCGAAAAACUGAAGACUCAUUGCGACGUUUAAAAAAGGUACGACAGUCUCAAACUUCAGAUUCUGGUAUUGUUGGUGAUGAUCAGAAAAUUCGAAUUCAAUUACAAUUAGAUGUGAAAUAUUUCUGUGAAGAAGUUAGAAAAAAUUCAAGCAAUGUUAAUUUAAGUCCAUUAAUUAAUUUAGUCAAAGAUACGAAUUAAAUUUAAAAAUUACAAAUCAUGUUUA